AAGCAAGUUUGAACAACUUUCUUAAAUAUGGACGUCUAACAGAGUCGAAUUGGCUUUUAAAAAGAAAAAGAAAAAAAGGAAAUCAAAUACUCAAUGUAGCAUGAGGCAGCAUUUCCCCCAAACAGAAUUGAUAGAGGCCUAGCAGUCAUUAUUUUAUUUCAUUUUUUGAGAAACAUUCAGUAUGUCACCCUUACCACCGUAACCUGAUUGACAGUGGAAUGUCGAGCAAACUUUUGCUCAUCACUAACUUUAAAUUUCAAAGCGUCAACCGUGGCGGCUCCUGAAGUGUUGGCCCUUGGUGUCUGUCAAGUACCUUUAACAUUUAGGAAACAACUGACGUGCCCUUUCGCCGGAGACAUGUGCAACGACCCGUUAGUCAAGUGGGCAUGCUUUUUUGUGAAUGAGUAUCAGCUGUCGGGCUGACAGUCAGCAGUAAAUCGAAUCCGUGAAGCAGUGCGUUGCGUUAAACAUAGGACAAGAUCGCAUGACAUCACAAACAGGGGCGUGGCUGGCUGUCAGGCGGCUCUGACAACGAGAGGGGGAGGGAACCUUCAGCUCUGGGCAAGUACAAACAUAUCCAAAGGAACGGGACUACUAGCAAUGCCAUUCAGUGGCUAAAAACUGAACAAUUUAUGAUGAAUCGGAAUUAAGAUUUAAGAGGGAACAUAACUGUAGUUUCAGAACAAAAGCGAACCGGGAACGUAAGUUAAAAAAAACAACUGCAAAACAGCUACUAAGUCUAAAUUUAUUGCCGUCGUCGGCAACAAAGACAGAGACGGAGUACGUUUCCCAUCAGCGAUCUGUUUUACAUCUGGGAGAGCCGUCCAAUGAAUCCAGAUGUUUCGAGCGCUAAAAGAAACUGGAAACGAAUGAAAGCUGAUACAGACUUUUGAAGGAAAAGACGAUAUCGUCCACUCUUGCACAAAAAGAAGCUGUACAACUGUUCUAGAAAGAUGAACCCACAGAAAGUGAUGAAAGAGGGGUUUUUGGAGAAAAGAAGCAAUGGUCUGUUGCAGCUAUGGAAGAAAAAACAAUGCGUCUUGACUGAAGAUGGACUCCGUUUGUAUGAAUGGAAACGCAGCGGCAGCGGCGCGUCUGGCUAUGGCUCCAAAGCUAAGGAGCUACGUUUUGAACGGAUGGCCACUGUGGACUGUGUCGAGUACAAGCGAGGACUGGUCUACUUCACUGUUGUCAUGGCAGGAGGAAAAGAGAUAGAUUUCAGGUGUCAGCAGGAAGGAACAGCUUGGAACGCGGAGAUAGCCCUCGCAUUGGUGCGAUUUAAAAAUCUCCUCGCCGUCCAGACGGGAAGGACUAGGCAUCUGUCACAUCUGGGAAGCACCGGGGAAGGCGAGGCGCCCGAUGAAUGAAGAAGUUAUUUGUAGAAGACUUUUCCCACCCUGGACCUGGGAGAGUAUCUGGCUACAUAAGAGCAUGGACAGAGGAGAAGAAGAGGGAUUUAAGGAAUAUUCAGCUGAUCCACACGGUAUAUCAAAUUUCCUUGCUGCUGGUUCUGAAGACUUGACACUAAAACACAGCAGCGGAGUCUUGCCCAGGACCUGCUUGUUUGUUUCAAUGUCCGUUCACACCCCGCGCUGCCCGGAAUUGACCGUUAAUGUAAAAUUCCUUUGAACUCCGAGGAGGGGGCGGAGCCGAAUUCCACCGGUCUUCCGUCAAAAUGUAGGCUAGGAGGGCUCCCAGCACGUGCUGCCGGAAGAGACGAGGGAGCCUAUGGGGUGGAAUAGCGGCUGUUGACUAUUGUCUGCUUUCUACAGUUAAACAGUAUUUUAGCUGCAGAUGUGAGCUAAUUUGCUUAGCAUACAGGAGAAUGUGCUUACGUUGUAUUCUGGUACCAUUGCGAGUAAAAGGACAUGGUCUCUCUUUGUUAAUUCCAAAGUAUUAUAUUUCAUUUAAAUAAAAGCUUGAGGCUGUACUGUA